CUCAGAAGCAAAUACAAAUAGGGUCAUACUAUCAUUCAAGUGUUAGGGCUCUCAAUCAGUAUUUCUCUCUAUGGACCUCCAGCUUGACUGUCCAAUACACCCUGCCUAUGCCGAUCACGUCGACAGCACCUCCAUCCGCCUCUUAAGAUUCUCUCGGGACGAAAAUGGACAUUUCACUGGGCAGCUUAAGAAAUUUCGCUUGGAGAGUGCUCCCCCCUUCUACUCUUUAUCAUAUGUAUGGGGUAAGAAGACAUUCUCGACAGGCAUCACCUUCGGGUCGGACUGGCUACUCGUAUUGACGAGUCUCGCUCCUUUCCUCCACAUGAUCUGUCAACACAAAGAUUUCUCUGAUAAGGAUUGGUGGUGGAUCGACUCAAUCUGUAUGAAUCUUGAUAAUGUUGAAGAAAGGGCAACGCAAGUGAAAAUUAUGGGUGACAUUUAUCGAAGAGCUAGUAGAGCCAUUAUUUGGCUCGGGAAAGAGAGGGAAGAAGAAAGUGAUUGUCUCGGUGCUGUUGAAUUCUUGAAACAGAUUGCUGAUCUCAAAUCCGCGCUCGAAACCAGCGAAGUCCUCCGUGAGCAAAUCCGCGAUAAGAAAUUCGCUGUUCAAUGGGAUGCUGUUGGGAAGCUACUAAGCAGAAGUUGGUGGACAAGAGUAUGGACAUUGCAAGAGUUUAUUCUGCCUCGCGAGGCUAAGUUUUACUGCGGGUCGAGUAGCAUCAGUCGCUGCAACUUCAAGUUAGCGAUGUACAGCAUUCAUCUUUGUAAGAGCCAUGACCACAAGCUAGUCCCAAGACACGCCUUUGAUGCUGCUUGGAAUCGACGGCGGAUACACCAGUGGUUUACCAAGUCCAACGGAAUAAACCUCGUUGCUACGAUGGCGUACCUAGGUAAUCACGGUGCGACAGACUCAAGAGAUCGCAUUUACUCCGUACUCGGCAUUAUAACGGACCACGACCGCCGUCUGGUAGGAGAUCCUGAAUACAAGUCCGGCGUCGAACAGGUCUUCGCAAACCUAGUACGAUCUUUCUGGAAUGAGUAUCACAGUCUAGAUAUCGUUUGCUUCACACAUAUCUUCAACCGAUAUGCCGGGAGUCUUGACACUGAUGCGGUAGAAGUGGUGCCGUCAUGGGCACCAGAUUGGCGAGCCUACGUUCAGUCUUCGCCUGUUCCGCUGAUGGCAAGUCAGAGUGCGAGCGAGCACAUUGGGAACUUCCGCCCGCUAAAUUCGAGGGACUACGAAGCUGCGUACGAUGCUCCUGGCUCCACCUUACGUAACCGGGCGAACGUCAGGUUCUCCCACAAUCUCAAAGAAAUGUGGUGCGAUGGGAUAGUUCUCGACUGGAUCGACGGUCUCGGUGGUCUUGAAAACUGCAAAACUCGUUGCACAAGUAAUGCUUGCAAGGAGGCCGGUCAUACGCCUCAGCAAAGCUUGCAAAGGCAGCGCACCAAUUUCGGGACAGGCCCAGGGCCUAUUCAGCAAAUUGAAGCCAUUGCUCACUCCCUCGUUCUCGACCGCGAAGACAAGUACCUCCGAAAUCGAGCGCCUCGACACUUUACUUCCGACUUCCUUGUCCUUUGCUAUUCGUGUCUGAAUGGCGAAAAUGUCGACCCCUUAUUCUCAGCAUGGUUCACGCAGAAUAGAGAUCUUCUUAUAUACGACGGAUGGAGUCUUGGGUCAAUUAUGACCUACAUUCUCGAAUCUCCAGAGCCAUCGACGUUUUCAUUACUGCCGUCUCCCUCGAUACAGAUUCGAUCUUCCGGAGAUGGAGAUCCAUAUGUUGAAAAACCAGAUGAAGCAGACAAUUUCCUAGACCGCUUCAAGGACACUGUAAGACACAAAUCCCGAAGACUUAUGGUUACAAGGAAUGGGUAUUUUGGAAUGGCGCCUUGCAUGGCUCAACGGGGCGAAGUGGUUGCAAUUUUGUUUGGGUGUAGUAUCCCCCUUGUGCUUAGGAGCGUGGGAGUUAGGGAAGCGUGGCAGGUAGUGGGAGAGGCAUAUGUGCAUGGGUUCAUGGAUGGGGAGUGCUGGCGACUUUUGGAUGAUAAGGAGAGGAGUGUUAAGACUUUCAGACUCGUUUAAGAGGAUAAGAAAACCUUGAAGCCGAAAUAAAUGAGUUGAG